AUGCAAGGUAGAUUAACAUUAGCAAAGUCAUUUAUUAAUGAUAAAAGUACAAUUAUUGAUAAUGCAACAAAUAAUUCUAAUGAUAAAGAUUUAUUUCGGCAACCACUUCAAGAAUUAAAUAAAAUUCAAGAUCAACAAAAUCAUCCGCAAGGAUUAGAAGAAUUAGUUUCAAAAAUGACUGCCGAUAAAGUUUUUAUUAAUUCUAUAAUUAUUUUUAAUAAUUCUAACGCUAAUAAUUUACUAGCUUAA